CAAAAUACAUUCGCCAUUAAGAAUCAUUAUGGAUACCUGCAAAAUUGUGUUGAUGAUACUUAUAUUUUGUUUUAUCUACCUUUUUACAGUAACAGACGCUUAUGAGACAUGUUACUCCGAUAGCCAGUGUCCAUUGUCGAGCUAUCAUUGCUGUACUGGUACAAGAUACUGCUGUCCGUGGGGUACUGUCUGUACAGGGACUAUCAACUGUAUAAGUAUUGGGACAAUAGUUGGUCCUAUCGUCGGAGGAGUGGUUCUUAUCAUUAGCUGCAUCGUAUGCUUUGUGUGCUACAAUCGCCGAAGGCGCCAGGUGCCGCCUCCAGCAGUUGUUUACGGACAACAACAGCAAGUAGUUGCAAUUGGACAACAAACAACAUAUGGACAACCUCAGGCUUAUGGACAACAAACAUAUGGGCAACCUCCAGCUUACGGGCAAGGUUACGGACAACAACAGACAAAUGGACAAGGUUUCGGUGCACCCCAAGACACAGCAGAUAACAAAAUUAAGUUGUAGGCAGUGGAAGAAAAAAUGAUAUGACAUUGUCAUCUAUAUUAAAAAAUACCUAUCUCUGUAAUCGUGAUACGUUACGGUAAAGUUGGACACGAACAAAUAAUUACUUUGCUUCUCAUCAGACAGCGUUGGACAGAGCGACUUUGUUUAUCAUUUACAAUUUAUAUAAUUGUAAAUGAUAAACAAGGUAUAAAUGUAUAUUGCAGUUAUAAAUGUAUAUUUUCAUUAUUAUCUCUAUGCCAAAGCUACAUCAUAUUUUCGUAAAAUCACAUCUUGCAUCAGCAACAUCAUUUUUUAAUAAUCCAAUUCAAUCCCCAGAUCCCCGCUACCAGACUCAUAUUGAGAGUCGUGGGUUAAAAUUCUGUAUCACGCCCAUAAGACACUUUAACAUAUGUUGACUUUUGUUUAGUUUUAUGUUGUUUUUUUUGUUUUUGUUUUUGUUUUUUUUUUCAUUUCAUGAUACGUUUCCUCUCUAUCGCACACACGCAUUGUAUCACAAUCCUAUACCUUUUAUCCUUAUCAGAGGAUUUCGCAGUAUAAAUGCAUAAAUUGUGAAUGAAUGGACAGAAUGUUUGCACCACUUUUAUAUUUAUAUCUGUUCUAAACAAUACAUUUUACUCAUAUGUUCAUUUAUUGCACGAAUAAAUGUAUAAGUAUAAUGUACAUGUAGAUCAUUGACGUAUUUCGGAUAAUAAAAUGACAUUGAUGUG